AUGGAAGUGUAUGGCAUUGGAAGAAAUCACAUCCAGUGCGGGAAGUGUUUCCGUUCUAAAUCCAGUCUUAUUGUGCAUAAAAGAUCUCACACAGGUGAGAAGCCGUAUUUCUGUCCUGAGUGCGGGAAAUGUUUUUCAGAUAAAUCCAAUCUAUACACACAUCAGAGAUUUCACACGGGGGAGAAGCCGUAUUCCUGUUCUGUGUGCGGAAAAUGUUUUCUAACAAAAUCAGGUCUUGUCAAGCAUCAGAGAUCUCACACUGGGGAGAAGCCGUAUUCCUGUCCUGAGUGCGGGAAGUGUUUCUCAGAUAAAUCCAAUCUACAUAAACAUCAGAGAUCUCACACGGGGGAGAAGCCAUAUUCCUGUCCUGAGUGCGGGAAAUGUUUUUCACGGACAUCCAUUCUUUACACACAUCAGAGAUCUCACACAGGGGAGAAGCCGUAUUCCUGUCCUGAGUGCGGGAAAUGUUUUUCACUGAAAUCCAGCCUUUACACACAUCAGCGACUGCACACAGGGGAGAAACCGCUUUCCUGUACUGAGUGCGGGAAGGGUUUCCGUUUUAAAUCUGAAAUUAACGUGCAUAAAAGAACUCACACAGGUGAGAAGCCGUAUUCUUGUCCAGAAUGCGGGAAAUGUUUUUCACGGAAGUCCCAUGUUUCCACACAUCAGAGAUCUCACACAGGGGAGAAGCCGUAUUCCUGUCCUGAGUGUGGGAAAUGUUUUUCAGAGAAAUCCCAUCUUUACACACAUCAGAGAUCUCACACGGGGGAGAAGCCAUAUUCCUGUACUGAGUGUGGGAAAUGUUUUUCAGAGAAGUCCAGUCUUUCCAUACAUCAGAGAUCUCACACGGGGGAGAAGCCGUAUUCCUGUCCUGAGUGCGGGAAAUGUUUUUCACAGAAGUCCAAUCUUUGCAAACAUCAGAGAACUCACACAGGGAAGAAGCCGUUUUCCUGUACUGAGUGCGGGAAGUGUUUCCAGUCUAAAUUCCAUUUUAAUAGGCAUAAAAGAUCUCACACAGGUGAGAAGCCAUUUUCCUGUUCUGAGUGCGGAAAAUGUUUUAUACAUAAAUCACAUCUGGUCACACAUGAAAGGCUUCACACGGGAGAAAAACCGUACUCCUGUUCUGACUGUGGGAAAUGUUUUUCACACAAGUCCCAGUAUUGCAGACAUCAGAGAUCACACACAGGUGAGAAACCAUAUUCCUGUCCUGAUUGUGGGAAAUGUUUUUCAAGGAAGUCAAGUCUUUACAGACAUCAGAGAUCUCACACGGGGGAGAAGCCGUAUUCCUGUCCUGAGUGCGGGAAAUGUUUUUCACAGAAGUCCACUCUUUGCAGACAUCAGAGAUCUCACUCCAAUCUUUACACACAUCAGCGAUCUCUCACGGGGGAGAAGCCGUAUUCCUCUUAUCCUGAGGAACCUCAGACUGUGAGGGACUGUGCUGUCCUUCCUGCAGAUAAGAGGUUUUUCUGUACUGAGUGCGGAAAGGGUUUCCAUUUUAAAUCCCAACUUAAUGUGCAUAUAAGGAAUCACACAGGGGAGAAGCCGUACGCCUGUCCUGAGUGUGGGAAAUGUUUUCUUUUUAAAUCAAGACUUGACGAACAUAGAACAUCUCAUUCGGAAGAAAAAACGUAUUCCUGUUCCGAGUGUGGAAAAUCUUAUUCACGGGCCUCACAUCUUUACACGCAUCAAAAAGUGCACACGGGUGAGAAGCCAUAUUCCUGUCCUGAGUGCGAGAAAUGUUUUAUACUAAAAUCAGAACUUUUAAUACAUCAGAGAUGUCACACAGGGGAAAAGCCGUAUUCCUGUACUGAGUGCGGGAAAUGUUUUUCACAGGCCUCGCAUUUAUCCACACAUCAGAGAUCUCACACGGGGGAGAAGCCGUAUUCCUGUUCUGAGUGCGGUAAAUGUUUUUCAAUUCAGUCCAAUCUUGAAAAACAUAAGAUGUUGCACACUGAGGAGAAGCCGUAUUUCUGCUCUGAGUGUGGGAAAUGUUUUUCACAGAAGUUCAAUCUUUACAAACAUCGGAGAUCUCACACGGGGGAGAAGCCGUAUUCCUGUCCUGAGUGUGGGAAAUGUUUUUCAAUAAAGUCCGCUCUUUCUAUGCAUCAGAAUUCUCACACAGGGGAGAAGCCGUAUUCCUGUCCUGAGUGCGGAAAAUGUUUUUCAGUGCAGACCAAUCUUUACAGACAUCAGAGGUCUCACACAGGGGAGAAGCCAUAUUCCUGUCCUGUUUGCAGGAAAUGUUUUUCAAUUAAGCGCAAUCUUUCCAGACAUCAGAGAUCUCACACGGGGGAGAAGCCGUUUUCCUGUGCUGAGUGCGGGAAAUAUAUGUCACUGGACGAUAAUAGCAGGCUGGCCAUACUGAGAGCUCUGUUUCAGGCCCGUAGGCUAAUCCUUCGGCAUUGGAAGGCAGUUGAUCCUCCAACGUUGAAGGAAUGGAUUACUCAAAUGGGUGACACCAUAAGAAUGGAGAGCUUCAGCUGCUGCAGAGAAGCCACGGGAAGAUCAAAAUGUUCAAAUACAUCUUUCGUCACUGAAACCAUUCACCUCUUUCCUGGGACCACCUACUAA